CCGCAAGGCACAACGGAGAACGCACCAGAUCCACGCAAUCCGCUCAAACUUAAUUUCAUUCCUCCCACUCUCACAAAACCAAAACUUGCCUUUGCAUACUUGCAAUAAUCUACAAUCAAGGAAGCAAUCAAGGAAGCCAUCGAUAUUUCACCCAUGUCGCCCUCCACCACCAACGCUAAGAAGCAGGAAGCUCGCAUUCUACCCAAAGACUACAUCCCUGGGGACAACACAGUCAUCAUUUGUCGAGGUAAGCGAUGCAUCACCCACGAGGGCAAUAAAAGGUUCCGCAACAUUGUCAAGUCUGAACUACGAGGCUACGUGAGCACCAACAACAAGAUCGAAAAGUCAGUGAUCUUACUGGGUGUCAUUCGUCAAGUUCGCAAGAACAACAAUGACGGAAUCGGCUUUGUCAAGCAAGAUCUUUCCACGGGUCGUUGGUACGAGUUGACCGAGUUUGCGAGUCGCGUCUCUGCGGCACAGGCAUUCCGCGACGCCAACUCGAGCGGCUACAAGAGCAGCAAGCAGAGCAAGCAGAAGAGACGCCGGAUGGAACGGUUGAGCUCAAUCAUCAAGAAAGCCCCAGAACUUGAAGACCGGAUCACGGUAGCGAACUCGAUCAGGGAGUCGGUUCGCCCGAUCCUUCCCAAAUCCACGUCGUCAUCCGUGGGAGCUGAAAUGACCCAGCCGUUUGCCAUGGUGAGGGCGUCUUUGAACAUCCCUCCUCGUCCCAUGCGCGAGGUACUGUCAUGUGCUUGCGACCUCAUCGAGACGUUCGAUUGUUCCCAUCACGAAGACGCAGGCAUGCCCCUCAUGGACACGCCGAGCCACGGCUAUUCGAGGCAAAUGAGCAUGAACCCUGCCAUGAUGAUGAAUAGCAACGUGAUGGCUCCGCAAAUGACGACGAUGCCUCAUCUCAUGAAUUCGAGUUGUGGCGUACCUCCUCAAGACAUGAGCCUCAAUAACAUGAUGGCUCCCGGUCUCUUUCCCUUCCGUUCGAAUCAAGUGUCCAUGGACCCCCUUCCCAAGGAAGCAAGUCUCGUCACGAAGCCCCUCAUGGUCGCACUUGACGAUUUCGAGGACGACCAGGAUGACGAAGAUGACUUUCUGGAUGUGUUUCAUGCGAUUUCCCUCCCCAAUCUCAAGGCGGCGCUCAAGGCUUAGUUAGGCGGAGCUAGCUUUCUCUUUCUUAGGGAGCGACACAGCAGGCGAGAGGGUUGCUCGAAUUUGCUUCAUGCGUUGCAUUGCAUUAGUCUACGGUACAUAAAUUUUAGGGGUUGUGUUGUUUUAGG